UCGAGCAACGGACAGGUCUCCAGUCUAACUAUCCAGAUACAGAUAUCUCUAAUACUGGAUUAAAAUAUGUGGCAGUUUUCCCUGGUUCUUUUGGGCCUGGCGGUUGUGUGCUGGGCGGAUACACUGGUUCAGCUCCAUGUGAAUCGUCCUUAUAACGAUGUGAACGAAAAGUUUGUGAGCUUUGCCGUCCGGCCGGAGGAUCUUUACGAUGCCCUAGAUGGUAAGAAUCGCAAGGCGGUUACCAAUUUGGCCAAUUUGCUGGGAGAUGCGCACAUCAAAUUCGUGGGCGAUUUCUAUUUCGCCAGUAAUGCGCCGAGUAAGCUCCGAAAUCCCACCAAGAUCAUUUGGAAGGGCUUCAACCGCUGGACGCGGGCCGUAAACUGGACCAUGAUUAUCCCGGUUCCCUAUGCCCCCGAUGAGUGGGAUUCCAUGCACACGCUCAAGAUCCUAAACACCUCCUAUAUGGUGGGCAUCACCGACUGCAUCUGGCAACUGGGCACGGAUUUCGGCACCGCGAGGGCCAAGGAUUACGUUCAGGAAUUGCGAACUCUCAAACUGAUGACGGAUACCUUUAAACCGUAUGUGGAUGACUGGCGAAUGAUGGGGGCGGACAUUUCGGCGGGAAGCAGUGCCGAUGAAACCAAGAGAUACGUGGAUAUGUCCAAGGAUCUGAAUACGGCUUUCGGGUGGACGCAGCCCGCAAACAUGGUGCCCAAGACGAGCUUGGGAAGCUACAUUUACGACAACGAUCCUGCUCUGCGAACCCUCCGACAACAGCGUGUUCCCUUGUGGUUGACUUUGCCGGAGGAGCGAUCCUCUCAGAGAUUAGUAGGUGACGAAACCACUGAUGCCCUGCGGUGGGCCCAGACCCUGGGAGAUGCUGCGACCAGUGGAUUCGACGUGGUUUUCAAGCGAAUGACCCUUGUGGACUUUGAGCGACCCAAUUUCGGUCUGUAUGUGACGGCCUUGUUCAAGAAGGUCAUGGGAUCUAGGGUGUUCCCAUCCCGACCCCUGAAUGCCUUUGCUCCAAGCAACAAACUCUACACCCAUUGUGCGAAUGCCGUCUCGGGUGGAUUGGCUUUUAUGGUGGUCAAUACGGAGGAGCAGCCCACCACGAUUACGGUGAAGAGUCCCAAUCGCCUUACCAGCAGUGAAAUCUGGCAGUAUGUGCUUACUGGUCUGGAUCAAAGGGUGCAGCUGAAUAAUGUCCGUUUGCAUUUGAACACCACUCUGCGUCCCUUGAUCAAACCCAUUGAUCCCACAAAGCCCCUGCAACUGAUCACGCCCAGCAUGUCGGUGAGCUUCUGGGUUUUGCCCGAUGUCAAUUUGGAGCACUGCCAGUUCACGGAGAUCGAGGCGGGCGAUUCGAGUGCCGAAUCCUCCACUUCCAAGGAGAAGCGACGUACAUCCCGCUACAGUUCUGCCGAUCGGUUGCUCCAGCGGUUGAUCGAGGAGACUGCCGUUGCCAAGGGAUCGGUGCAGAGUUCCAUUAAUCGCAAUCGACGAUUUGUCGUUGAUAAGGAAGACACUCCAGAGAGCCUCCUUGAUCGCCUUCUCCAACAUUUUAAGCAUGACAGUCCCCCAAAACGGGAGGUGGGUGAUGACAAGGAGAAGUCAGUGAAACCCCAUAAAGCUUUGGCCUGGUUGUAUCAGGUCCUCGAGCAAACCCGCGAUGUGAACAAAAAGCGGUCCAGGCGAAGCACUUCAAGCUAUUCGGGACCCUUCUUCUAUAAUCGUCAGGGUAAGAAAACCGCAUUAACCAAGAAGAUUACAGAGAUCCGCAAGCCAGAAAGGAAGAACAAGCCUCUCUUCGACUUCGAUGAGUUCGAUGAGGAGAAGUUCUUCAAGCGAAUCGGUGAGAAAUCCGAGGAAACACCCACUUACACACGCCUUCCGGAAGGUGAUGUGCAUCUAAAACAUAUAGAGAGUGUGGAUGGCGAGGAGAAUGAGCAGGAGGCUGAACCAGAAGUACCCAGGAAACGCAGACCCAAGUCCAGGAAGGAGCUGAAGAUCAUCCAGAGAGCUGCGGAAAAAGAAGAUGAGCAGGAACAGGAAUCGGAGCCAACCGAAGGACGUGCCAAGUUGCGCCUGCUGCCCACGGAAUUCUUCGAGGCUCUACCGGCACCCAAGCUCCCGCCCAGCAAGCGAUUGAAUCUGGGAGCCACCUUGAACUCCCUGCUUUUCCCGGAACCCUUCUCCAGCAAGGCCACCAUGGCCAAGGGUGCUUCAUUGAAAUCCAAACCUGUUGAGGAGCCCGAAGAGGAUGUAGACCCAGUUCCAACUGCCAGAAGACGUCACUCCAGGAUUGGUCUUGUGGCUAAUGAUUUCUUGCAGGCACAACAAGAGCUGGGAAAGCAUUUUCUCAGUCACAUCAACGAGCAUGAGCACGAGUUUUCUGUAGGAGACGAGGGUGUGCGGGAGGGUUCGCUGGAAUCGGAGAGUUCAGGGAAGAAAUUCCUGACCCAGGACCUAUUUGGAACCAAGAAAGACACUCCCUCUCUGCAUCAGAAAUUACCUCAAAAGACGGCAGAUGAAGGUAUUACCUCUUGGUGGGAUCUUCCAGCAAUGAGAAGGCGUCGUGCAGUACCCCUAACCAACUCCCUAGACGAACUCCCCUCCAAUGCCAUAGACAAAGCAGAUCGCGACGAGAUGCUGCCCCUGGGAAGGUACACCUUCUACGAGUACAAGGUGGACCAGAGUCCAGAAAAGGAUGUCAGCCAACCCAAAGAGGAGAAGGAGUCCAAGAUCAUGAAGAUAAGUAGUAAGUCGCAGUCUACUGGCAAGGAUCGCAGCCUUACAAAGCUCUCCGAAAGCCUCGUCAGCACUGUGAAAUCGAAGGUCUCUCGCUUUAUAAACAUCAUCUCCAACCACAUGAACGAAUGGUACAACACGUUAACCAAGCAUCUGGAUUCGGAAACGGAAGCUGAAAGACCACGCAGGCAAAAUACCAUCGAAAAGUAGAAAUCUUAUGACAUUUAACCAACUUUUGUAAACUUUCAUCAGUAAAACCUUAUGUAAAUAUGUAUUUAUGUACAAUACACUCAUUAUUGCAUUCAUAA